AUGCUGGCCUCCAAAGCACCAUAUGCGGCCAAUGUUGGCAAUAGCCAGCAGAUUCCCGUCCGCAACUUCUCCGAGUCCUCGACCAGGACGCAAAUGACCUCGAUGGCUCUCCAAGAUGGCCUCUUUACCUCCCCCACAGACUCUGAAUUCUCCGAUGUCUAUGACGGGCUGGACUCGAUACGGGCAUGGGACGAGAAAAAGGUUGGGGAGUGGCUGCACUCAAUACGCUGUGGACAAUAUGAACCCCUCUUCAAGGCUAACAAUUUCACGGGUGAGAGUCUACUGGAAUGUGACCAAAAGAUUCUGUCGGAAAUGGGUAUCAAGAAAAUUGGUGACCGCGUCCGACUCAAUGUUGCAAUUAAACAGCUUCGAAACAAGUCUUCGCUGUUACGCUCCAGGAGAAACCGGGAUAGUCUUGCUAUCUUGGAUGGCCUUGCUGGAACCCCUUCAUCCUCAGACUCACCUCGCACUCACGGUCCGAGAUCGCACAAUGGCAGUGGCAAGCGCUUUUCCCGUCAGCUCGACUCCUCCGCUCUGCAGAAUUUCAACUCAGCCAGCACCGGGUUCAAAGUCGGAUCAAGACCAAGCUCGCCUUUGACAGAUGUGCACAGCGCAGGUCUAAGGUCCCAUCGUUACGCACAGAGUCCAAUGGACAGUGGGAGAAACACCUCAGGCGGAGGCUACUUUAGUCAACCGGGGUCAGCGAAUUCCACAUCUGGAAGACGACCCGAAACUCCGCAACUUGCAAAUCAAACCACACGAGCAGCUCAUCUCCGACAGAAUUCCAGCAUCGAUGGCCUGACACCAGGUGGAUUACCUUCGGGAUCUCCGGUCAUCAAGAUCAUCCACAACGGCGGCCAAACGAAGGUUGUGAACAUCAAGUUCUGUCGCACGGCCGAUGACGUUACAUCGACGGUACUGAAGAAAUUACAUCUUCCAGAAACCCAUUUCCGCAAUUAUUGCUUUUAUGUCCUCAACGGGUUGGAACCGGAUCCUGCAAAUUGUCGUCGAGUGGGCGACAGUGAACUCAUGAGAAUCUGCAAUGAAUCGACCCGAUCCGAGAGAAAUAGGUUGAUCUUGAGAAAGAUCAACGACGGGCCUCCCGACGUGGACGAACUCCGCAAGGCUGCCAAAAUAGCGGCCGAUGAAUCACAAGUUCUGCACAUCAAUGCACUGAGCACGAACAACAUGCGCAACCAGAUCAAACUUCAAAAACUCACAGGCGAGUCUUGGCACAAUAUUCAAGUACCCAUUUCACCAGUUACCACUACAGAUCGAAAUCGAAACAUCAUUGCAACUGCGGACGAGUAUGAUCGACAGGAAGCCCAACAACACCUCCGAGUCCCCAGUAGCCAGAGUACAAAGCUGCGUACAUUCUUCGGGGCCCGACCACCCAGCGAGAUGAUUGUGCAAGAGUUGACGUCUUACUUCCCAGCCCACCAGCGCGAGGAUAUCGAGAAGACGAUGAGAUUAUCUGUACGACGCUCACAACGCAUGAGUCGCGCACAAAGUCGCCUAAGCGUGAUGAGUAACAUCAGCAUGGCCUCGAGCCUGAAGGAUGCUCCUCCCGUACCAAGUAUUCCUAGCAUUGCUGACCCCUGGCUGAACCAGACUGGCAUGACCGCUCGUGCUCCUGCAGCAAGACCACUAUCCGUGGUGUCGAACAGAUUCAACCUUAUGAACCAAUCGUUCCGAGAUUCAAUCGCCUCAUCAACGUUGCACCCACUGCAGGAAGAAUCUCCUAUCGAACAAAACAGGAAAUCAUACGUCUCGUUUGACAGCGGUUCUGACACUGCCGCCCAGGGUGAAGCGGCUAGGGCAAGCUACUUUGACGAGAGUCCUGGGGUCACCUCGAAUACGGACAAUAUGAACGAACGACUGUCGGUGAUCGUUGCUGAAGAUGGAGAGGAAGAAGAUCAAGAACUCAACUCGUUCCUCCAAGGAAACAGCUUUGAUAAGAAUAAUUGGAUGAAGGGUGACUUGAUUGGCGAAGGCUCAUUCGGCAGUGUUUACCUCGCCCUCCAUGCCGUGACAGGUGAAUUGAUGGCAGUCAAGCAGGUCGAGUUGCCCAACGUGGCGAAAGGCACAGAAGGUGACAAGAAGAAGACGGCGAUGAUCGCGGCGCUGAAACAAGAGAUCACACUCUUACAGGGCCUGCGACAUGAGCACAUCGUGCAAUACUUGGGUACCUCGUCGGACGAGGAGCACCUCAACAUUUUCCUUGAAUACGUCCCGGGUGGCUCCAUCGCCGGCAUGCUCAAGCAAUACAACACUUUCCAGGAACCGCUCGUCCGGAACUUCACCAGACAGAUUCUCGAAGGCCUAUCCUAUUUACACGCUCGCAACAUCAUUCACCGAGACAUAAAGGGCGCUAACAUUCUGGUUGAUAAUCGCGGCGCCGUGAAAAUCUCUGACUUUGGCGUCUCCAAGAAGACCAACUUCAAUGGCAUGAACUCUGCGCCCGGCACGCGCACCUCCCUCCAAGGAAGCGUCUUCUGGAUGGCCCCUGAAGUGGUCCGCCAGUCUGGACAAUCCAUCAAGUCAGACAUCUGGUCAGUUGGGUGUCUUGUGGUGGAGAUGUUCACAGGUUCCCGCCCGUUUCCCUCUAUGACAACGCUCCAAACACUGUUCGCUGUCGGAAGCAAUAAUGAGAAGCCAACUAUUCCCGAACACGCGAGUGAGGAUGCAAAGAGGUUUAUGGGGAAGACAUUCGAGGUAGAUCAUGAGAAGAGGCCUGGCGCGGAUGAGUUGUUGAGGGAAAGGUUUUUGUUGCCUAUGGCAUGA